AUGCGACUGCGUUGUAUGCUGCAGAGUAAUUUCGAUGUGUUUCAGAUCCUCCUCUUUGAUCAGCGUGGAGCAGUUGUCGAGGAUCAGAAUAACUUUGCAACCGGCGACGUGUUUGGCGAAGGCUUUUAG